AUGUCUCCAACGGCCGUCGCUCAAGCCACCGCCUCUCCUGGCUCACCCUCCCCUAAACAAACCAAAAAUGCAUCAUCAUCUUCACACUCCUCCCCUUCCAACCCACCCUCCCCCCUUACCCCCGUCGAUGACCACCACCACUCUUCUCAUCCGUCCACCUCCAAACGAACUCUCGAAGAAGAAGAAGAACUCGAAGCCCGCUCUCUCUUCCCUCACCUACCCUCCCCACCCCCUUACAAAAAACGAACAUGGACACCUACCCUACACCUCACCCAACCUCCCGCCCCUCCGCAACCCGAUCCACGAACAGUGCAAGAAAUGGCAGCACAGACAGCAGCCACCGCUCUCGGAUACGAAGGUAGACGCAUAAAAAAAUUCAUGCAGCGUCGAACCGUUGACUAUUUCGGUUCCCUUUCCCACUACAAUCUUCGUUCCAACCUUCGCACUUGCAACCGAGCUGAUGGAUUGCUGGGUGGAGUAUAUCCCACACCGCAUAGUAUUCCCACUUUCCUACUUCCCGUGGGGUAUGGGAAUCUGAGUACGAGCGUUGCCAAGGUAAUGGUUCAUACUUCGACAAAUAAGAUCAGGUGUCCGGUGAACGUGGUUAGAUGGAUGCCGGAUGGGAGGAGGGUGUUGACAGGAAGUACGAGUGGAGAGUUUACGUUGUGGAACGGAUUGACGUUUAACUUUGAAACGAUUAUGCAGGCUCAUGAUUCUGCGGUUAGGGCUAUGGCCUGGUCGAAAAGUGGAACCUUCCUCGUUUCGGCAGAUCAAAACGGGACGAUUAAGUACUUCCAAUCCAAUCUAAACACUCUACAGGCCUUCCCAGGGCACGCCGAUUCAGCUAGAGGCUUGGCGUUCAGUCCGGACGAUAGCAAGUUCGCUUCGUGUGGAGACGAUAGUUUGUUGAAAAUAUGGGAUUUUGACUCAGCAAGGCAGAUUAGAGAGCUCACGGGGCAUGGAUGGGAUGUUAAAUGUCUCGAUUGGCACCACUCGAAAGGUCUCCUAGUCUCCGGAUCGAAGGAUAACUUGGUUAAGGUAUGGGAUCCGAGAUCUACCCCUAACGGAACUUGCUUAGCUACUUUCCACAAUCACAAGAAUACGGUUCAAGCGACAAAGUUCAGUCCGGAUGGAAUGCGGUUUGCUACAGCGAGCAGAGAUAUGACGGUUAAAAUCUACGACCUUCGAAUGAUGGCUGAACAUCUCACCCUCCGUGGUCAUUCGAAAGAAGUUUGUUCACUCGAUUGGCACCCUUUGCAUCACGAUCUGUUGGUCAGCGGAGGAAGUGAGGGGAGUAUGUUAUUCUGGGAUUUGAGUGGAGCGAGUGCGGAAGCGAUGAGUGGGGUGAAUUUGGCUGAGAAAAGUUUGGUUGGUGGUGGUGGAGAUGGUAUGGAUGCUGGUGAAGGACGCAGAACUCACACUGGAACAGCAGUUGGGGCUGCGGGUGGUGCAGGGGAAGGAGGCUUGUUGUAUAGAAAUGACACAGCGCAUGAGAGUAACAUCUGGAGUCUGGAAUGGCAUCCUUUCGGACACAUCCUUUGUUCGGGUAGUAAUGAUCAUAUGACUCGGUUUUGGAGUAGAGCUAGACCUGCUGAUUCCACUCCUAGCCACUCACAGCAACAACAGGCAGGGUUCGAUGUGAGCGCCAGUUUCUUAGGUGGUGUUGGCUUGGCAGUCGGAGGAGAUGAUAGUUUCAUUCCGGGUUUGGGCGCGGGGAAGAGCUUUAUUCCUACUCCGGCGAAGAUGGAAUUAGUACAAGCAGGGUUUGGUGGAGAUGAUAGUUUUGUACUUCCCGGGUUGGGGAUGGCGAGUGGAGGUGGUGGUGGGUAUAAUGCACCACCACCACCACCAACACCAAUGGCAGGGGGAGGAGGUUUCACACCAGGAACAGGCGCAAAUGCUCCCUUACCGGGCGCAGGAGGAUCAAAUUUCGGCUGGAAUACUCGCCAACAACAACCACCGUCCGGAGGACCGCGACCAGGCGGUACAUACGGAUCCCUCUACUAA